AGCAACCGUAGCUCCGGCCGUGAGCUGCCUCCUUUGCUGUAGCCUGAUCUGCAGUCAUUCAUUGCUCUGGAGUAGGAUAGUCGUGGGAGAGAUGGUUCCUUUUUGCCUCCCUGGGAGAAAUUGCUGAUGUGUUCUACACUAGAGAGAGGUCGUCACGCCAGGCGCAAACCAUGAAUUACGUUGGACAGUUAGCAGGGCAAGUCUUUGUGACAGUGAAGGAACUCUAUAGAGGAUUAAAUCCUGCCACGUUGUCUGGAUGCAUUGAUAUCAUUGUUAUCCGCCAGCCUAAUGGAAACCUCCAAUGUUCACCUUUCCAUGUACGCUUUGGAAAGAUGGGAGUUUUGCGUUCUAAGGAAAAAGUGGUUGACAUAGAAAUUAAUGGAGAAUCUGUGGAUUUGCACAUGAAAUUAGGGGACAAUGGAGAAGCAUUUUUUGUAGAGGAAACAGAUGACAAACAGGAGGCAAUUCCAUACCAUUUGGCUACAUCCCCCAUCCUGUCAGAGGGAACUGCUCUCAUGGAAUUACAACUGAAGAGAAAUUCUGUUGAUAGGAUAAGGAGCAUGGACGCUGCUGGUCCUUCCCAGCUACCAACCCCUACUUCUCCUUCUGCAGCUGAAUCCAGUUCUGCAAGUUGUUCUGUGAAGAAGAGGAGGAAGAGGAGAAGGAGAUCUGCCCAUAAAAUAGACAUUUCAAAAAGAGAUGAAAAUGCAGAUACUACUGAAGAUGAAAACAUGUUCCCUAUAGAAAUGAGUUCUGAUGAAGAAAAUGAGCUGCUAGAUACUAAUUCAAGAACAUCUGUCCCUGAUCUGUGCAGGGACGAAGCGAUUGAGGUGAUUUCUUCUAUAAAUGUACUUGCUCAUCCCCACUCAGAUGGAGAAUGGUCACCCAGACAAAGUAAACCUAGAACUUGCACAGGGAGGUCCUCUCAUCUCACUGUUCCAGCAGAGGGAGGCUUAUCUAGUUCUUGUCCUGACCCGUCUUCUCACUGUCCUGCUACAGACAGUCCUUCAGGUUCACGACCUCCCACUCCUAAAAGCGAUUCUGAAUUAGUUAGUAAGCCUCUGGAAAGAGCUGUUCAGAACAAUAAUCCUCAGAUGCAUUGGGACUGGGGAGAACUACCUCAAGCCACAAAGGCUGCUUCCUCACACAAGCCAAAAGAACCUAGCACCACAAUGAAUGUGAAUCCUUCUGGAAGCACUCAUUUUCGAGUCAUCCAGAGUACUGAUCCAGAAGAAGUUCAGAACCUCUCUUCCUUACCUGUGUUGGUUCUGGAAGAAGCAGAGCUCCCAGCAGCUGUACCUGAAGUAACCGAGCCAGAUAUAGACACGUUAGGAGCGGCAGCCCCUCCGCUUCUUGCCAGUGAAGAAAUAAAACCAGCUAUGACUUGCUUGAUGCAGCCAGCUAGCAAAACAGAUUCUCCCUCCAAAAAAAAAGAUAAACGGAGCCGACAUCUAGGUGCUGAUGGUGUAUAUUUAGAUGAUCUCACUGACAUGGAGCCAGAGGUUGCUGCACUCUAUUUUCCUAAAAAUGGUGAUCAUAUUGCCCCCUUGAAGAAUCUGAGUGAAAAUAGUCCCCGCUCAGCCAAUCAGUCCCCUCAAUCAGUUGGAAGUUCAGGAGUGGACAGCGGUGUAGAGAGCACUUCAGAUGGAAUCCGAGACCUGCCAUCCAUUGCCAUUUCACUUUGUGGGGGACUUAGUGACAAUAAAGAAAUAUCAAAAGAAAAGUUUUUAGAACAAGAAGUCACUUACCAGCAGUUUGUGGACAAUCCAGCUAUCAUUGAUGACCCUAACCUUGUAGUGAAGAUUGGAAACAAAUACUACAAUUGGACAACAGCAGCUCCCCUCCUACUGGCAAUGCAAGCAUUCCAGAAACCUUUGCCAAAGUGUUCUUGUUUAAGUUAUUUCCGUACAGUUCUGGAUACCAUUAGGUUUUGCUUUAACAAGAUUUGUAGUCCACAGAUAGCCACUGUGGAUUCUAUAAUGAGGGAUAAGAUGCCCAAAAAAGGUGGAAGAUGGUGGUUUUCAUGGAGAGGGAGGAAUAGCUCUAUCAAAGAGGAGGCAAAGCCAGCGCAAGGUCUCAGUGGAAAAGAAGAGAAGGGUAUUGCAGACAGAAUCAAAGAUGAAUCUUCUUCAAGUGAUGAAGACCACCGAACUACCAGUGAAGCCACUCACCCUCCACUGUUGUCUGGAAUAGGUUAUAAAAAGACUCUUCGACUCAGUUCGGAACAGCUUAAAAAUCUCAACCUUAAGAAUGGUCCCAAUGAUGUCACUUUUAGUGUCACAACACAAUAUCAAGGAACAUGUCGCUGUGAAGGCACCAUUUAUUUAUGGAACUGGGAUGACAAAGUCAUUAUUUCUGACAUUGAUGGCACCAUCACAAGAUCAGAUACUUUAGGUCAUAUUUUGCCUACUCUUGGCAAGGACUGGACACAUCAAGGCAUUGCUAAAUUGUAUCAUAAAGUGAGCCAAAAUGGAUAUAAGUUCCUGUACUGUUCGGCCCGUGCUAUUGGGAUGGCAGAUAUGACUCGAGGGUACUUGCACUGGGUGAACGAGCGGGGAACGGUAUUACCACAAGGGCCUGUGCUGUUGAGUCCCAGCAGUUUGUUCUCAGCUUUUCACAGAGAAGUGAUAGAGAAGAAGCCAGAGAAAUUUAAAGUUCAGUGUUUAACUGACAUAAAAAACUUAUUUCAUCCUAACACAGAACCUUUUUAUGCUGCCUUUGGCAAUAGACCUGCUGAUGUGUACUCAUACAAGCAAGUUGGAGUUUCACUAAACAGAAUUUUCACUGUUAAUCCGAAAGGAGAACUAAUUCAAGAGCACGCAAAGACCAACAUUUCAUCGUACGUGAGACUUUGUGAAGUGGUGGAUCAUGUAUUUCCCUUGCUGAAAAGAAGUCAUUCUUCAGAUUUCCCCUGUUCUGACACCUACAGUCAGUUCACAUACUGGAGGGAUCCACUGCCACCUUUUGAAAAUCAUGAUGUUCAUGCUAACUUGCCAUGACUCUUUUGAAAUAUCUUGGCAGCAUCUCAACAUCUCAGCUCUUCUGUGCUUCAGUUGUUCAACUGGAUUUUGUGCUUCAAAUGGAAUUUGGGAUGUAGUAGUUAAAUGUCAGUUCAGAAAUUACCUUUGUUCUUUAAAGUAACAUUUCUGAAUGUUGCCCUCCCAGCUCUUCACCAGCAUCAUGCUCAAGAAGUACCCAAUGCCAUAUAUUAUUUUUAAAAGGACAGUUCUGAGUGCCAUGAUACUGGGAAUCUCAAAAUCAAAGUCCUAUAUGGUCUUCAGUGUUUCCAUGUGAGCUUUCAAAGCAAAGUGGUGUGUUUCCACCCUGAAGCAUCACUGGAGCCAUUCUACCCCCUACUUCUCAGGUAGAGGAAGAGGAAAUAACUUUAAGCCUCUGAGGUGUAACACAUACAUUUUCUAACCCCCCCCCAAUAUAAAAAAAAACAGUGAUCAACAAAAUGUUGAGAUCUAGUGAACAAAAUUCAGUCUGUUGAUAAGCUUACACAGCACGGCUGUCAUCACUAGCACUGUACUAGUUUGUAUCGAUAGGGGUAUGAUUCUGACCUGCAGUUCUGUUUGUCCAUAUACCAUUGCCAAAUUGUUCUUUCAAUUUCAUUGUCAUGAUGAAAACCUUUUUUAAAAAAGCAUUGAAUGCACUUACAUUCUCGGUUGCAUGUGACUAGUUGGCUCUACUAAAUUCAGGCCAUAAUUUGUAAAAAGAAACUUUGAGCCCGCUACCAUUACUGUACCCCAUGUUUCAUCUUAAUCUUGCUGGAAGGUUUGGACCCAUCAGAGGUCCUUCAGUGCAAUAUCUUUAUGGUCAUAGCUAGAGUUUACUGGUAUGACAUAUGCUUUUCAGACAGUGUGUCUUAGAAUGAUACUUGGCAGUAGAGUCUUCUGCCUUUCCUGGUUUCUUCUUCCAUGAAGAGUGAUGCCAUUUAAAUAUAUGUAUGCUCUUCCCAUCUAACAAAUAAUAGUACACAAGAGUUUCUGCUUCUAAUUGCAAGAGAAACAUAUCUGGAAGUAUUUUUAGUGAACUUCCUUGAAUUGCUUCAUUGCUGGUUCAGCAUAUUUUAUUUGCACUAUGUGUACUAGGAUACGAGGUUUGAGGGAGGUGGCUGAUUGUAAAUCCUUUGAAGAUUUCUCCUUGGGUUUUCUUUCUUUUUAUUUUAACACCCAAUUUUGAGAUUAAUAUGAUUUUGGGUGACCUACAAAUAGCCAUUACUGAGAGUUUUUCCUUUACAUUUCUUUUUUUUUUCUUGAUAGAAUUACGAGAAUUCAUAACCUUCCUUGUUUUUGUUUUGUUUUGUAACAUUUGACUGCCUUGAGAUUCAACAUUGUAAGUGAAUAUUUUAGAUUAUUUUUCAGAAAAGCUGCUUUUACAAGUUGCUGGCCUUCUUUAAAAUGCAGGUUUCCAUUGUUUAUACUGUAUAUCAGAUAAUCUUUUAACAAAACAAAAUUUUGUUUUCCUUCCUUUUAUUAAGCUAUUUCUUUUAAUAUUUAUUGGAAGGUUGCUAGAUGAUCAGUUUAGGACUAGACAUAAUGCCAGUAGGCCUGAGACCUACUAAGUCUUUUUAAAGUUAGAGGCUGGGCAAAAUUCAAAUGCUGUUGAGAUGGUUAGAAUAUAUUUUAAAAAAUCCUUCUCACCAUGUUUUCUAUCUGAAACUUAAUCCUAGUAUUUUUCUCUUUCUGAUCUCUGAGUACAUAAAUACCCCUUAGAAGAAAUUGUUUGGGAUCCUUCUCAUGCAUUUCAGAUAUACCUCACUUGCCUUUAUAUAAAUUCUUUUAAAUGGGUUCUUGGAAUUCUUUCUUUGCAUUUUAUGAUUGCACUCCGAGUAGCUUUCAAGUACAUUGGCCAAAUCCAGCUAGUUAAUUAUAAUAAAGUCAAAUUACUUUCACUAACUUGACCUAAGCUGUUGUCCCAUAUAUAAUUACUUGGAAGUCCCAAUAGAGUCAUUGGACCUAACUUCUGAAAAAAAUAUAGAGGGUUGCUCUGUUAUUAACUUCUGCCUUUAGCUGGAUUAGGUCCAAAAACUGCAAGCCAAUUUUAAGUGGAAUAAGAACUAUUUUAGGAUUUUUUUGCCAUUAAAUCAGUGGUGCUUUUACUAUUGAUAGGGGAAGUUGCAUUCAGUAUCAUAGCUUAUUAGCGCUUUACAUUUAAUGGAUUAAUUUCACUCUGCUUCCUAUAGUAGACGGGCCCUCAAAUGAUUAUCCCAUUAGCUUUAUGGUGCAGCUGAUACAGCUACUCAGAAAUAACCCCCCUUGAGUUCAGUUCGAUUUCCUCAUACAUUAAUUGUGUCUAAAAUUUGCAACUUUAAUUCUGCAAGGCAGCCCACAUGAUAAAGUCAUAUGUCCUUGAUUCUGUUCUCAUAAGUUUGGAAUGAAGAUUGAUUCAAAUCAGGACUGUGGGUGGCUAUAGCAAUGGCCCAGCUAGAAGUUGGCUUUAGGUUCACGUUUAAUGUCUUCUGUGCUUUUAAAUUCUUUAUGAAUAGACAACCCUUUCUGAAGCAGUAUCGCUGUUUCCUCUGUUUACUGUUCUUAGCAGUCCAAAGCAGCAUAUAUAAAAUAAUUUAAAAUAAAUAAAUACAAAAGCCAAAGGAGCAUGUAAAGCCAAAACAACUCAAAUCCCAAGGUUGUUUGUUUGAUAGGGAAGGAGAAAUGGAGCUGGGACUGAGUCCAUGUCUCCCUUUCAAACUGUGUUGAUCAGCCUUUUGAAAGAACUCUCAUCUCUACAGCCCAAGCUGUUAAAAUGGAAGAGGAAUUAUGUGCACAUAGCCACAUUUCUACAUGUUGUUUUCCUUCCACAGGCAUACAAGCGUGCUCUGUUUGUAUUCCAUUAGCUGAAUUAUUAAUGUUUGCAAUGAGAUUAAACAUCUAUAAUGCCUGUUGGUACUAACACUCCUUGCAAUUGCGAAAAUUUUAGGAUUAAAUAUUAUGUCUCCAGUCUGGCUAAAAUUAUGAUGAAGAUCCAGUCAAUCAAACAAAAAUAAUUUGCAGUUAACAUUGCAAUUCUUACUACCCUUAUCAGCAGGUAAUUGAUGAAGACUGAGUUGGAUGCAUGAGAAUAGCUCUCACAUUCCAUUCCAUUGCCCUGAAUAGGGUAUUGUCAUUUUGCUGGCCUGUGACAUGUCCUGUAUGCGUUAAGUUAGUAUGACUGGACGUCAUACCUUGCUGGGAUUAGUCAAGUGCUUUUUCCCCAAAGUAUUUCUGAAUGUACGUUGAUGCCUAAAUUGGGGCAAUAUCAUGGGUGCAUAAAGAAAUACAGGUACUGAUCCAAAACCAGCAUAGUUUUAAGCUCUUCAAUGUUACCGAGUUACUAGCUGAACAAAAAGAAAUCCACUUUCCAGCUCUAAGAACGUGAUUAUUGAUUUAGCAACAUUUCAUAAUCCAAAAAGUCUAGCAUGGGAAACAGAAAGCCAUGGAAAAAUGGGUUUCAAUAUUACCACUUUCAGAGAGACGUCUCUCUUAUUACAGAACGCCUCUUUUCUUCAUUUCCCUCCCUCAUAUACGCCGCAGCCAGGAUACAUGUUUGCCACUUUGUAUUUGGUAUUUGUUUUCUCAGAACAGAAGGGGCAUGAUCCAGCUAAGGUUAAACAGUAGUGUUGUAUAGCACCUUGAAUCCAAUUCCAAAAAGGUGCUUUGGUGCAGCUGCUUUACAGGUUGCAGACAGAUGCUAUGCUCCUUCUCUGCUCUGGACGCUUCUUGGGGGAUUGAAUCUGAAACUCUGCCCAGCCCUAUAUUAACAGGUUUCAUUCCCAUUUAUUUUAAUACAAGAGUUUUCUAGUGCUGCUAAAAAUUAGUGGGAUUCAUUACCUGGUACAUGUAGAUUGUUUUCUUCUAGCUUUUUAAGGGUGAAAUUUUUCUCUUAUAAACAGGCCUUAUUUUUAGGACUUGUUCAUAAACCAACAGUAAAUAUUUCAGGAAUUGGACUGCCCCUGGCUAAACUGGGAAUUCUUGGGUGGGUCUGCCAUGAUUGUAGGAGAUGGUAAAUCAUCUCAAUUAACACAUACUCUACUGUGAUAAUAUCUGAGCAAACUGGAUUUCUGUGGGUAAAUGUGAAACUACUUGCAGAAACCUUGGCAAUUUUAUUUUGUUAUUUGCUGAUUUUAAUACACCUGGUGUCAAGUUUAUUUUUUAAAAAGAAAAUGUGAAAACCAUCCUGCCUAAGCUUUAUUAGAAAUGCUACUGUAUUGUUGAAUGUAGUUGCUGAGAGGAUCUGCAGGUAUAUUUCAGCUAAUAUUUAUGUUAUUGGUUGGGGAGAAAUAUAUUUUAAAGCUUUACUGUUAAAAGUUAAAAGAAAAUUAGCUGCAGAUGCAGUUUCUAAAUAGUUUUUAAUUUGGCCAAGUAGUUCUACACACAUUAAAAUGGCAUUGUUGAAUUUACACAGUAAACAUGGAAUGGAUGACUUAAUUCUUUCUGUGAAAGAAAAAAAAAAGACCCUCUUGACUUCACUUCUAGUGUACUGAUGGUUUUCUGUUACAGAAAAGAUAUCUUUUCUAAAUAGAAAGCCAAUAUAUGCUCUGUUUAUACUGUCUCCCAUCUCCUAAACUAGAAUAUGCAAGGUGGAUCCCUGUUUAUUUUGAUACAUUUUAUGACCAUUUAGUUCCAUAUGUUGAAAAUCAAAUAAUGGUGAUGGAAUUUGAGGGCGAGUGGGAGAAUGAUUAAUGGAUAUAUUUGGAGAAACUAUUUUCUCUGUACAUGUAUGCAGUAGUGCCAUGACUCGAUAAAAAAGAUACUUCAUUUUGAUGGUGAACAAAUGCAAAUAAGAUAUAUUGUAAUAAAUUC